AUGCCGCCGGUGGAGGGCACGUGGGCCUGGUCCGUGCGCCAGCGCCUCGCCACUCAGCUCCAGGAGACGGGCCGCCCGGAGCCCCGGCAGGUGGAGGCGCUGGUGGCCGAGCUGGUGGCCGUCUUCGCCGCCGUGCUGCAGCAGAGCAGCCGCCGUGCCUGGCUGCGCCUGAUGGAGGCGCUGCGGCUCUUGGCCCCCUUCCGCCAGCUGCUGGCCGCCCGCCGGGCGGAGCUGCUCCCCUACCUGGAGGGCCUCUGCUACCAGUACCGGAGCAGCCAGGCCUUGGUGUCGGACCUGGACGUCCUGGGGGCCCUGGGGCGGGCCUUCCCCGAAGACCGCUCCCAGCUGUGGGCUCCUCCCCCGCGGGCGGCUGCCUGCCCCCGAGAGCCCGACUCCCCGGCCAAGGUGCUGCCCUCUGGCUCCGGGCCGGUCUUUGCCGGCCUGCCCUGCCCUUUCACGCCCGACUGGGUGCUGGAGGACGCCUCUGGCCUGGUGCGCCCAGAUCCCGUCUCCCUCCAGGAGCUGCAGAGGUGCCUGGGGGCGGUGGGCAGCGCCAUCUCUGAGGGGGAGGCCCCCUGGGCCAGCUGCCUGGGCCUCAUGUCUCUGUCCUUAGCCACGGACCUGCCGGUGGAAUACCCGUCUUCUCCCUCCCACACGCUCCAUGGCAGGCCUUCUUCAGAGCUGUGCCCGACAGCCCCUCGGGCCGUGCCAGUCCCUGUGCGUGAGAAGGCGGCGCCGGCAGCGAGCCAGAGGCCGGCCAUGACGGGUCUGCAGGUAGUGGAGGUCUUUGUCCGGAACCGACAGGCGUGGCACAUGCACUUCUUGUACCUGAAUGUGGCCCCCAGCCGGCACUUCAGGCCCUACGACCUCGUGGUGGUUCCGAAGCGGCUGGCCAACCCCGAGCACUACGUCUUCUCCUCCUUUGGCGUGCUGCACGUCCACCCCGAGGAGGGCUCGGAGGCCCUGACGCUGGGCGCCUGGCACCGGGAGGCCGUGCUGUGGCAGCUGAUGCAGCACAUCCCCUUCUUCCGCCUCUUCCUGGUCCGCAAGGCCUUUGUCCGCUGGUACUGCAACACGAACCACCUCCAGCGCCUGAAGCACCAGGAGAUGCUGCGCUGCCAGUUGCUCCAGGCGGUGCCUCACUUUGGAGCCGCUUUGCUUCAGAUUUCCAGGCUCUUGCAGGAGCUGCGGACUGUCCACUGGCUGCCCCACACCACCACCAGGUGCUGCAACUUCCCUGAGCUCCAGCAGGGUCUGGCCCAGGAGAACAGCUCUGCCCAGGACCUGCUCUCCAGGUUCCUCACCUUCUGCUCCUCCAUCCUGGAGCUGGUGCGAGAGGACACCUACAAGAUGGUGCACGGGCUGCAGACCCAGGUGCAAGGCCAAAAGCUGUACGUCACCAAGGAGUCCCUGUACCAGCAGCGGGUGGAGUCGGAGGGGCUGCGGCGGCGCCUGCAGGAGGCCGAGUCUUGGCUGCAGAAGCUGGGCUUCCUGGCCCUCCUGGUGAACUUCCUCAUCUGCCAGAGCCUGGUCUCCAUCGUGCAGGAAGAGGUCACCACCUUUGUCAGCCACACCAUGCAGGAGCUGGAGGCCUGCCUGCUGGGGUCCCUGGAUGCUGUGGUGGAGUCUGUCCUGCUGGUGACACGGAUCAACAGCGAGGCGCCACGGACUCCGAAGCAGCCCCACGAGGCCGUGCCUGAAGAUGGGAGAGAUCCCGCCUGCCUGUGCGCUGUCCCGGGGAAGGAGGCAGCGAGCAGUGCAGGCCAGGCCUUCUCUGAGCUCCUCCAGAGGCUGCCCCUGGAGCGGCUGUCUGGAGAGGAGCCGCAGCUGGUGUACCACCUGGACCUGAAGAUGAUUGGGGGCCUGGAGGUGGUGGGCCACCGGCUGCGUGGUCAGUAUCCCUUGCUGUCCCGAGAGCAGCUGGAGAAGGACCUGCGGUCAGACUGCGUUGUCCAGAAGGCCCGGGCGAAGCAGCAGGCCCUGCUGGCGGCCGCCCUGUCCGAGACCCAGCACCUGUGCCGCGAGUACUCCUGGCUGGCCGAGAUCUACCGCUUUGCCCACAGCUGGGGUGCCAGCCGGCUGGAAGACAUGAAAGGCUGGCCGUGCGAGGAGUACGUGAACCGAAUCACCAAGCUGCGCGUGUGGAUGAGCCGCGUCAAGCAAGUGCCACGGUCUGUUGUCACGACCAAUCGCCUCCUCUUUGUGGACUGCACUGGCAUUCACCAGGACAUCCUGCCCCUCCUGGCAUCCAUCAACGAGGACAUCCUGUCCCUCUUGCUGAAGGAGACGACGCAGCGGAGCGAGCUUUUAAUUGCUGAGAUGUCAGCGGUCCUGCAGCUCUACAUGAACAUCAGCAGUGACAUUUUCACCAUUGCCAAGUGCUCCCAGAAGCUGGAGCACUACCAAGGACAGCUGGCAGAGCUACAGGAGUCCGUGGAGUAUGUGCGAGCCCUCAACGAGGUCAUCCAGCAGUGCUUCCGCCCACUCAGCUCCAGCGAAGAGACCCUGGAAAACUCGCUCCUGGACACCUGGGACGCCUUUGUGUACCAGCAGCGAGAGGUCUCCGACUUCAUCGUCUCCCGGCGCCUGAGCAUCAUUGCCGAGCUCAGCAGCUCCCUCCAGAAGGCGACGCGCGAGCUCCAGGAGAUACUGGCCACAGUCACGGUGGGCCGUUUCCGGGACCCCUUCCAAAACCCUCGCGCCAUGGAAGAGGAACUACACAAACUCCUCCAGCACUUCCAGGCGACGGUGGUGCGUGUGGCCGAACUCUGCCGUUCCCAGCGGAUCCUGACAGGGGAGUGCAUGGACGUCUCCUUUGUCACGGGGAACCAGGGGAUCAUCGAGGUCCACGUGCGCAUCUGGCAGCUCCUCCGCAUCGUCUCCGAGCAGGUGACGGAAUGGAAGUGCCUGGCUUUUUUCAAGUUCAAUGCCGCCCUGGCCAUCGAGAAGACGGAGGAGUGGCUCAGCGAGGCGUUCCGCAUUGAGGAGAGCCUGCCUGCUGCCCACCCCGUCCUCCAGUCUUGCAUCCGGGCCAUCAAGAACCUGCAGAAGUACCUCCCUCUGCUACGGAAGCUGGGCAGCCACUUUGUCAAGGUCGGCUGCUGGAAGGAGAUCUUCGCAGCCAUGGGUGCCAAGUGCCCCCUGAACAUGCAGUUCACCCUGGGCCAGCUCCUCGCGCUCCCCCUGUUGGAACACAGCGAGACCAUCCUGCGGAUCUACGCCUGCGAGAAGGGCCGCUAUCGCUCCAGGGACACCCUGAAUCGCCUGCAGAGGUUCUGGUCCGAGAAGCAAUUCCGCCUCGUCAACUUCAUCCUUAACGUGCCCUAUCAGCCACCGGGCGAACGCUUCCGCCGGCCGGCCAGCAGCCGUCAGCGCCCAGCCAAGCGGGAAUACAUCUCCAAGGACAGCGGCACCUAUGUGUUGUCCGACACUGCGGAGUUGAAGGCCACCGUGGAGCAGAGCCUCUUGACCCUCCAGAACAUGAUCCUCUCCCCCUACUCCUCCGAACUCCGGGAGGAAGCCGUGAGCUGGACCUCCACGCUGCGUACCUUCGAGUCCCUCCUGGAGGCCUGGGUCACCCUCCAGCAGAAGUGGGUGUUCCUGAACAUGGUGCUGUACGAGAUGGACAUCAGCCUGCCCAGCGCAGAGUUGGAGUCUCGGUUCCAGCGGGUGGACGCCCACCUCCGGGAGCUCAUGCAGGUGACGUGCCAGGACCCCCUGGUGCUCUCCAGCGUGAGGCCGGGGCUCGGCUCCUGCCGGGAGAGCUGCUUCGCGGGGGGGCCCUUGCAGGCGGCCCUGGCGGAGGCCUCGGGGGAGCUGCAGGGCAUCAUCGGGGCCCUGGCCUACGUGCUGGAGGCCACCCGCAUGGGCUUCCCCCGCCUCUUCUUCCUCAGCAACGAGGAGCUGGUGGCCAUGGUGGCCACGGCCACCGAGCCGGCGGAUGCUUCCGCCUGGUCCCAGCGCUGCUUCCCGGGUGUGCGGCAGCUGCAGCUGACGGUGCCCUCCGCCGCCCAGACCCUCAGUGCCUUCUCCGCCCAGGCGCCAGAGCUGCAGGUGGCGGGGCUGGUGGGGGACCACGGCGAGAGGCUCAGGCUGUGUGGGGCGGUGCCCCUCACCCCGAAGGCCACUCAGUGGCUCUGUGCCCUGGAGCAGCGCAUGAAGGAGACCCUCUUCCACCGGCUGCAGGACUGCCUGGCCCAGCGGCUGGCCCUGCGGCCGCAGCUGGACGUGGCCUUCGAGAAGCCCCCCGGGCCCACGGACCUGCCCCUCCACCUGCUGGCGGAGCACUGGGCGAGCCUGGGCGCGGCCUUCCCUGUCCAGUGCGUGCUGCUGGCCGAGGAGGCGCUGUGGCGCGCGGACCUGGAGGAGGCCCUCGUGGAGCCCGGCGGGGGCGGCCCGCUGGGGCUGGAGCGCAAGCUGGGCCUCAAGCUGGAGGCCCUGACCCACUACCUCCGCAACUACCGCAGUGUCCAUGCCUGGCAGCCCGACUGCGAUGCCCUCGGGGUCCUGCUGGGGGGGCUCCUGGUCGUCACGAUCCGGCAGCGCGACGUGCUCUCCCGGCUGCGGGAGCAGAAGGUGAGCUCCCCGCGGGCCUUUGCGUGGGCUCGGCACUUUAAGUACCGCGUGGCCCUGAAGGCCGAGAAGGCCAAGGCAGCCCGGGUCUCCCCGGGCAGGUGGGUGGGCAGCCCCCCCGGCUGCUGGGCGGAGGUCCUGGACAGCUGCUUCCCUUAUGACUACGAGUACCUGGGGCCCAGCGCGCACCUCCUGGGCAGCCCCGGCCUCGACCGGACCUUCCUGGGCCUGCUCCUGGCCCUGGAGGACUUCCGCUGCGGAGGGCUGCUGGGCCUCCAGGGCGUGGGCAAGUCCCACACCGCGCAGGGCCUGGCCCAGGCGCUCGGCCGCCAGCUGGUCACCCUGCACUGCUCAGCGCUCCUGCCCAUCCGCUGCCUGAGCCGCUACCUCUGCGGGGCGGUGCACGCGGGGGCCUGGCUGCUCCUGGAGUCGGCCGAGCGGCUGGAGCCGGCUGUGCUCUCCGCCUUCAGCCAGCGCCUGGCCGACCUCCGCAGGCUGUGCCUGAACAUCCGGGAGGGGAGGGGCGGUGCCACCUCUCCCACCAGCCAGCGCUCGGCGGACUCUGACAGCGACGGCGAGGGGCAGCCGGCAGUGGCUCUGCCGGAGCUGGGCACGGACGAGGCCGAGCCGUACCACCCCCGGGUGGUGGGCCACAUCCUCUUUGGCGGGCGGCUGUUGCGGGUGCGGGAGACGUACGGCUGCGUGGCCACCCUCGGGCGCCUCCCGGAGCCUUUGCGCCUGGUCCUGCGCCCCCUGGUCAUCCUGCCCCCGGACCUGGCCAAACUGGCCGAGGUCAGUCUCCUGGCGGCCGGCUUCCGGGAGGCCCGGCGCCUGGCCGAGAAGCUGAGCGCCUUCUUGUGCCUGGAGGGGGAGCUGGGCCCGGGGCCCCCGGCCAGCCGCACGGCCCUCCUCCGGGAGGUGGUCGGCAGGGCCAUCGACAUUCUGUUCAGCCCGGGGCCCCGGGGGGACCCCCUCCUCUCCAAGGCCCGGCCCUCCCCCAGGACCACUUUCUUCUUAGGGCUGGAGGAAGAGCCGGCGGUCGUCAAGGCCUUGUGCCUCUCGCCUUUGCUCCGCGGCCCCGAGUGCCCACGGCUGCGCCACGUGUGGGACCUGCUGCGGGGCAUCUUCCCCUCUGCCGCCCUGCAGCUCCCGGAGCCCCUGGCCCCGCCUCGGCUCCAGAGCGCCCUGGUCGCCCAGCUCCACGAGAACAAGCUGCACGCGGACUCCCAGCUGCUCGACACGGCCAGCCAGCUCUUCCAGGCCCUGGGCGGUGCUGGCAGCGUCCUCCUGCUGGGGCCCCCGGGGAGCGGCAAGACCACCACCUGGCAGGUGCUGGCCAAGGCUCUGAGCAGGCUGGCUGCCAACGAGGCUGCCGCCCUGGUGCUCAAGGCCGGGGCCCACGGGACCGCCGGCACUCCCAGCUCCAUUGUGCCGGUCAGCGCCGUCUGCGUCUGGCCCAACAGCCUGAGCGUGCCCGAGUUCCUCGGCAGCCUGGAAGAGGGGACCUGGCAGGACGGCGUCCUCACCCGGCUCCUGCAGAGAGCGGCCGCCUCCGCCCUGGCCGGGGGGGCGGGGGGCGUCCAGCAGUGGGUGGUGCUGGACGGCACGGCCAGCGCGGCGUGGCUGGAGCCCGUCUCCUCACUCCUCGGCCCCCGGCCCUCCCUCAGCUUGCCCAGCGGGCAGAAGCUGCAGCCCCCCGGGAACCUCAAGGUCCUCUUCGAGAUGUCCGAUGCCUCCGGGAUGCCCCCCUCCGUCUGCGCCCACUGCGCCGUCCUGCACUGCAGCGGCUCUGGCCUCUGGCAGGGGGUGCUGGCCUCCGCCCUGGGCCCCGUGGGCCGGACGUACAGCCUGACCCAGCAGAGCCUGGCCAUGCUGCAGGAGCUGGCGGAAGACGUCUUCCCCCCGACCCUGGCUUUCCUGCAGCAGCAGCACUGCUCCUCCGUCCUGGCGCCCCACGCCAGCCCACGCAGCCCCGGGGGGCAGGGCGUCCAGGAGACCACGGCCUUCGCCAGGAUACUCCACGCGCUGCUGGAGCAGUACCUGCGCCGGGAGAAGAUCAGGAGCGCCCCCGCCCAAGAGCUGAAAGUCUCCAGGAGCAUCGCCCUGGGAACCAGCCCUUCCUCCGUGGCUUCCCGACUGGACGAGAGCGUCCCCAGGCACCACCACAUGGUGGCCCAGAGCUUCUUCGCCUUCGCCUACCUCUGGGGCUUUGGGGGUCACCUUCAUCCCAGGCACUGGCCCCUCUUUGAGCAGUUUGCCCGCCGGGCCCUCCUCAGUAGCCGCUACAGCAUACAGCUUCCUUCCGCGGCUUCCGCUUUUGACCUCUGCCCCCUGCCGGAGGACGGCAGCCUGCAGCCAUUUGAUGGGCGGUACCUUUCCUGCCGCGUCAAGAACAUCCCCGCGACCUUCUGUGUCCUGCCACAGUAUGAGCGCGUGCUCUACGUCCUGGACCUGCUCCUGGGCACCAGCCAGCCGGUCCUGCUCAUCGGGGAGCCCGGCUGCGGGAAGACGUCCUUUGCCGAGACGCUGGUGCAGCCCAACCACUUGUGGCAGCGGCUGCGGGUCUCCUUCGGGCUGAGGGCUGCUCACCUGCGGGAGCUGCUGCAGAGGAAGGCCCCCCGCGACAAGGGCCCCUCGCCCUUCGGCAAGCCGGCUUGGGCCGCGGCCCGGAAGGGGCGCUGCCUCUUCUUGGUGGAGGACCUCCACAUGGCCCCCCUGGAUCCCGGUCGGGGGACGAGCCCCGUGGUGGAGUCCCUGCGCCAGGCCCUGAGCCACCACCAGUUCUACCACGCCGAGACGCUGGAGCUGCAGCACUGCCCGGCUGCGGGCUUCAACUGCUUCGGCACGCUCUCCGCCCUGGUGCUCGGGGCGCCGCCACUGUGCCCCCGCUUUGGCCGGCUCUUCAGUGUGGUGGUGCUGCCUCCCCUGGCGAGGGAGGCCCUGCUCGGCAUGCACACGCCCGCCGCCUUGGCCUGGCUGGAGAGGUUCCCGCUGCUGACCCGGCACAACGACUUGGCCGCCGCCCUGGUAAAGGCCACCCUGGACGCCUACGAGGCCGUGCGGAGCCAGUUCCCGCCCUCCCCUGCCUGCUGCCUCCUCCCCUUCUCCCUGCACAGCCUCCGGCGGGUGUUCAAGGGGCUCUUUCUGCUGCGCCCCCGCCCCGGCAUCCACCUCAGCUGUCCCCUGGAGGAGCAGGGGGUCAAGGCGGUGUACAGCAGGCGCAGCUCGGCAGGGUCCCGCGUGGCGGUCGGCCCCAGCUACACCGUGGUGCUCACCGUCCGUCUGAUUGUGCGCCUCUGGCUGCACGAGGCCUUGCGCACCUUUGGGGACCCACUGCGGGGGGAACGCCGCCAGGCCGCCUGCGGGCAGCUGCUGCUGGAGAUUGCCACAGCCAAUUUCUGCGCCCGGCGCCCCUUCCUGCGCAUCAUACCCUCCCUCGGCACCCAGAGCUCCCACCACCCCAGCCGGAGCCACAUCUCCUUCUACCCUUCCAGUGCCUGGGGCAGCAUCUCCAAGGGCAAGCGCCGCAUGUCCUCCAAGAAGGAGACCUCCGGCCCGCUGCUGCCCGCCCACAUGCUCAUGCCGCCGGGCGACCUGCCGGGAGACAUUGUCUUCAGCAAGGAGCUGGGCCCCGAGCGCCACGGCCCCGGUGCCCGCAACCCCUACCAGGAGAGGCUGUGGAGGGCCCUGGAGACCCAGCUCGCCCCCUUGCUGCCCCCCGGCUCCCUGCUGCCCCCGGCCCUGCUGAGGCACGUGGUGCACCUCUGCCGCCUGCUGUGCGUCCCGGAGCAGCACGGCGCCCUGGUGGCCUUCCGGCGGAGCACGGGGCGCCGGGCUCUUGUGGCCCUCGCGGCGCGGGCCACCGGCUCCCUGCUGAUGGAGCUGCCCCCGGAGGCCGACGAGGGGCCGACGCUGGCGCUGCUGCGACUGGCCAGCUGGGAGGCGGGGGUCCAGGGCCGGCGGGUGCUGCUGCUGGUGCCUCCCGGCCUGAGCCCGGGGCCCCUGCACCUGGGGCUGGGCCUGAUGGGCGGGGGCACCUGCCCGGGGCUCUACGGCCCCGAAGACACGGCCCCCAUCGUCCAGGCUCUGCUGCAGGAGAACCUUCCCAGCUCACUGCAGACCCACCACAACCUGGUGCCGUGUGUCGCCAAGGCUGCAGCCCUGAUCCACACCUCAGCCACCACCUACGCCACGUACCUGGCUCCCCGCCUGCCGCUCGUCACGCCGAGGAACUUCCUGGACCUUCUGGACAUCUUUGCCUGGCUCCUGGAUCACUUGCGGGAGCAGAACUGCAAGCGGAUGGACCAGAUGAAGCUGGCUCUGCACAAGAUGGGGGAAGUGAGCGAGAAGCAGCAGGCCCACUCCCGGGACGUGCACGCCCUCCAGGAGAAGCUGGACAAGAUCAAGCAGGAGCUGGUGGAGAGCCAGCAGGAAGUGGAGCGGCAGCAGCGGGUGCUGAAGCAGCAGGAGAAGGAGUGCCAGCUGUACGAGGCGCGCAUCGAUGCCCUCACCAAGGAGCGCGAUGAGCUGGAGAAGGCAAAGGACAGGCAGAUGAACAAGGACUACAGAGAGGCCUUGGCAGGCCUGCGGGCCCAGGACAUCGAGGAGUUGCGUAGCUACCGCCAGCCCCCGGAGCAGGUGGUCUGGGUGACGGACACCCUCUGCAAGAUGUUUGAGCAGGAGCCUGGCUGGGAGAAUGCCAAGCAGAUGCUCGGUCAGGAGGACUUCUACCAGGAGCUGGUCUUCUACCCCAAGGACACCAUCUCUGUGGGCCUCUUCGAGGCGCUGGGCAAGGUGGUGUCCAAGAACGACUUCCGCGUGGCCUCCGUCAAGAGUGCCAGCCAAGCGGCCGCAGCCCUCUGGCAGUGGAUCUGUGCCAUCUACUUCUACCACCGGGCGCUGCGCAGCUGGCAGCCGUCCAUGGAGAGGCUGGAGCGCUGCGAUGCGCAGAUCAACUCGGAAAAGAUGAACUUGGGCCACAGCCGCCUGCGCUCGGAGCAGCUGAGGGACGCCACCCGGGCCCGGAUCAAGGAGCUGAAGGAGACCCAGCAGAACCAGCAGAAGCUGCUGCACCAGCUGACCCAGUCUCUGCAAGCCCGGGAGGAGGCCAGCACUGUGGAGAACUCUGUGGCCGAGCACAUGGCCAACUGGACCGUGGCCACUCAGGUCCUAGAGAACCAGCACAGCACGGUGGCCGGGGAUGCCUUGCUCUGCGCUGCUGCCCUCGUCUACCUGGGGCCGUUCCCCCCGGCGCGGCGAGAGGAGCUGCUCCGGAAGUGGCAGGCUGUGUGUGGCGGGGCCCAGGUCUCCCCGGGGCCCGACGACGUCAGCCAGCUGCUGCAGAAGGAGUUGUCCUGCCCUGGCUCAGCCUCCUGCGGCCCGCCCCUGCUGCCCGUGCAGCAGCCCUUCAGCCCAGCCACCUUGCUGAGCACGGCGAGACAGCAGCGCGCCUGGGACCGGACCCACAAGCCCAAGGACCCCGAGAGCCGCCUGACCGCCAUGCUCCUGCACUCCGAGGCCCACCGGCAGGCUCACCGGUGGCCUCUGCUGGUGGACCCCGACAAGCAGGCCACCGUCUGGCUGCUGGUGGCUGCCACCCUGGAGGACGAGGAAUCCCAGGCCUUGAUCAACGCUGAGCUGGUGCCGGAGAUGGUGGAGCUGGGGGACUACGAAGCAAUGCCCGAAGACAACUUGGAGGUGUUGUCGCUGACGGACCCCGACCUGGAGCAGAAUCUCCUGACAGCAGCCAGCGUGGGCACCCCUGUGCUGCUGACGGACUUCGAGAAGAACAUCCCCUGGUGCCCGGCACUCCAGCAGCUGAUGCAGAAGGAGACGCUGCUGCCUCCGGGAGCCAAGACGCCUCCCCCUGAGCAGAUGUCGGUCUCGCCCUCCUUCCAGCUCUACCUGUGCACCAGACUGCCUCUGGAGGCCUUGGCGACCGACUCCUGUGCCGACUGCAGCAACUUUACAAAGCAGGCAGGAAAGAACCGAGCUGGGAGACUGAAGAGCCACCUCUUAGAGGCCUCCCUGCGCCCGGUGAUGUCUCGGUCCUCGAGCUCCAGAGCCUCGCUGCCGCCCCCAACUUCGAGGGGAGAUUCGGCUAAGUCGGCAGCAUCUUCGGCCUCAGGGCCCCCGAAGCAUAAGCCCGACAAACGGUCCAAGGGGCUCUUGGCUUUGCCUCCGGACGCGCCGAAACUGAAGAAAUCGCACAAGUCAAAGGACCAGUCAGUACCGAUGCCUGUGGUGGUUUUGAAAUCGACCCCAGUCUCCAUGCAGCCCUUGGACACGCAAGCCGCCACCCCUGCAGCCACAUUGCCAUCAUCGACUCCUCCGCCGCAGCAGAGCCCCUCUCACACAGGCGGUGCUCGUUCUGUCUUGAUCGCCAUCCACACGCAGCUGUCUGCCAUCGGAUUUCCCCGAGUCCGAUCCUGUUCGCCAGGACAAACCCUCACAACCCGUUGA